AUGUGUUGCGGGAGCGCCAAUUGGAAGCGUGAAGAGGUUCCUGAUCACAAGUUUGACUUCAUUGACGUGCGCGACUUUCGCAACAAUGGUUGCUUUCAGCAGCUCAAAUACGUCUUUCUCUUUGUCAUGGUGGUCAAGUCAUUCGCAGUCUACGUCGCCGAUAUCUACACCGCCGUCACCUUGCUAGCCUUUGGUCACUUUAGUGGCAGUCUGUAUGACAAGGUACAAAAUGACCCUCAGAACAACUUUCGGGUCCCCAUCGCCUAUGGUCGUUGGAUCUUUAGCGGAUGCAUCAUUUUUUCCUUUUUGCUGCUCGCCUACGAAGCACACAAAUCGCGCGCCAUCGUGAAGAGCCGAGACAUCAGCUACGCAUACACCAACGUCAUGGCCAACAACUACUACUCAUUGCGCAGCUACGACCAUUUUUGCUUCUUCGACCACAUCAAUGACAGUAAGAAGAAGAAGGAUGAGCUUGCCUUUUUUAUCUUCUUCACCUUCAAGGGUUGGAAGCGUCUGCUGGUCGCUGAUGGUCCGCGUCAGGUCAUCAAUUUUUUCACUCUUUAUGGCCUCGGAUCGUUCGCCAAGUGGAGCACAGAUCCAUAUGACUACUACGAGGGCAACAUCUUUACAGGCAUCAUGAUCCUCUCGAUGCUGUUCACCGUCGCCGUGUUUGCCGGCUCGCUCAUCCUGCUCAUGCUCGCAGGUAUCGCCUACAUUCCUCUUCUAUGCUACAUCAAGGGCAACCUCAAAGAAUACUGCUGCCAUAAAGUGGACAAGCGUGUCACUGAGCUUGUUCACCUCAAAAAGAAGCAGCGUCUCGCCAAGGUCGCCGAGAUCGCUCGCAAGGAAGCUGCAGGCGACUUUUCGCAUCUCAUGAACAAGAAGGGCGAGAUGGUAGGGCGGGCCAUGGCACAACCCACAUUGCCCACGGUAGAUGUCGAUCUGCUCAACGAUGAGAAACCCGUCAAGUCGGGACCUCUGCAACGCAACAACAGCGUCGGCAGCUCCGUACAGGGCAAUGGCGCAGGCUACUACGGACAACCGGGUGUGCCUGGAUACCAGUCGCCAGGCUUUGGGCCAUCACAGUUCUAUGGCGUCAAUGCGCCCUCGAGCCACAGCUUAGGCAUUGACAAGCCCGAGUAUGCCAGCACAGCCAACUUGAUCUCCAACGCCGGUCCAGCAGGGGACGAUCUUGCACCGGGCAUGUCCCACGUCACUUUCGAGGCAAUGGCGGAUCGGAUGGGUCCCAUCGGAACGAGUCCGAUGAUGUUUGCGCAGCGCGUUGGUGGCGGUGCAGGCAGGAUUUCGCCUGCACUGUCGUCAGCACAAGCUCGGGAAGAUCCCUACAACUCCCAUGCGCCUGGGCAGCGAGUACUCCUCGACGCAAGCAAUGGAGGCAAGUCUCAGCACUCGGGCGCCAAUGGCGAGGCAUUCGAAAUGUAUGGCAGACAGAGUCCCCACCCAGAUGCAUCCGCCAAGCGAAACGAUUCUCCCUACAGCUCGCAAGGUCUCGAUUAUCCACCUCCGCAGGGUACGCACGGAGUAGAAGGCCUCGACUACCCGCCGCCGCCACCGCCUGAUCUUUCGUCCUAUGCUCCAUACGUGGAACAGAAUCAGUACAACCAACAUCCACCCGCCGUCGAGAUAUCCGCGGCGCCUCCGAGCUCAGCACAAGUAGGCGGCAGCAGACACCUUGCCGUUGGCUAUCGCACUGACGGCUUUGGAGAUGAGCUCCAUCCCGAUCGAUACAGCAACAGUAAUGGUGCCAGGUCAGCAGCCAACUCAUCGACUCACAGUCCGAGCACCAGCGUUGGCGGCCUCGAUGAUGUCUACGAUGCCUACUACCACUCGCACGAACACUCACCUGUCAUCACAUCCGAGCAGCGACAUAGCUACAUGAUGAGCGACUAUCCUAAUCACGGUGGCGUUAACCAAUACCAACAGCACAGUCAGCAAUAUCAUCACAGUGCCGGCAACGAUGACAAUGGCAGCAGUUCCGAACAGUAUCAAAACCCUCGGGACGGCUACGGCGACCAAUGGUCGCAUUCAAGGCCCACUCCCCAUGCGUACGCCGAUCAAUAUGCUGAUCCGUAUAGACAAGGCCCUUCUCAGCAGGGCUAUUGA